AUGAUCCAGAAGUGUGUGUUUCUCCUGUUCUUUGUUCUUACCACAUCGGCCUUCAUGAUGGACCAGGAGGAACCACCAACUCGGACAGCCCGCUUCUCAGCCAACAGCCUGUCGGAUGUCGCACGCUGCCUAAGUGGGGCCCUACAGGUGGGUUGCAGUGCCUUUGCCUGCCUGGAGAAUUCCACCUGUGACACAGAUGGUAUGCAUGACAUCUGCAAGACCUUCCUCUACACUGCUGCAAAAUUUGACACUCAGGGCAAAACUUUUGUUAAGGAGAGUCUCCGCUGCAUGGCCAAUGGCAUCACCUCCAAGGGCUUCUUGAUGGUGCGCCGCUGCUCCACCUUCCAAAGCAUGGUGGCUGAUGUUCAGGAGGACUGUUACAGCAAAUUGGAUCUCUGCGGGGUAGCACGUGCCAACCCAGAGGCCAUCGGGGAGGUAGCUCAGCUGCCCAAUAGCUUCCCCAACAGGCACUACAGCACAUUGCUGCAGAGUCUUCUGGAGUGUGACCAAGAGACUGUGAGUCUAGUGAGAGAUAGUAUGUCUGCCAGGUUGGGUCCUGAGGUGGCUAUGCUCUUCAAGCUUCUUCAGAGCAGUCCUCGCUCUGGCUCAGCCACUCAAACUGGUAACGAUGAUCUCGGGGCUGCUGGGCGCUGGCCCUUGGGACCACUCACCUUCAAGAUCCAACCCAACAUGCGCAACAGGGACCCUAAUCACCUCUUUGCCAGGAAGCGUGCUGUCGGUGAGCAGGCUUAA